AAAAACAACUUAACUCAAUAUCGCAGUAAAUUACAUAUUUGUAAAUGUUAAUAUCAAUGUUCCCAUAAUGCCACGUUCUUUUCCACACUGCCAACACCGGUCAUCAUGAUGAAUUCCCUGUCCUUACUGAGUGUUUUCUUAAGUUUCUUGUGUCUGUUUGCCCUGACGUUGGGAGCAGAAGAGGAGAAAGUUGCCAGAUUGUUAGCAUCUAAGAAUGUUAUGAAUCAAUAUUUGGUUGAAGGAAAAGAUGUAACUGUAGAAUACAGGAUCUUCAAUGUUGGGGAAGCAUAUUCUUUCCUUGACAAUUACCCCAGUAAGAGCAAUGUUACACAUGCGGUCGUUAUGAAACCUCUAAAGUUUGGGUUUUUCAAUUUCACUGCUGCACAGUUGACAUAUCUUCCAAAAGAUGAUGCUGAAGAAAGAACGAUUGGUUAUACCAGUGCUCCAGGAGAAGGUGGAAUUAUAAAUCAAAAAGAAUUUGAAAGAAGAUUCUCACCGCAUGUGGUAAGUUUAACUGCCCUGUUUGCACCUUUUCUCCUAUAUUUUUUGAGGCAGUCACAUAGCAGUUCAAUAUGAGUUAGUCUUGGGAAU